AUGGUUGGAGGUUCAGAUCAAAUUAGGGACUUAUAUCUUCCUUAUCUUUUAUCCUGUACCAACCAGAUGGGGCUGCGUGCUCCGUGUAUGGGCACUAAUAUGUCAUCAGCUCAGCAGAAGGACUUCAACGGACUCCAUCAGAAUGAAAACAUCAAACCUCAGGUGGGUAGUUACCUCAGCUCACUAAAACCAGCACAAGCCAAGGUCCUAAAGGAACAGCAGGUCACAGUCACCUCUAUCUCUGCCCCAGAGCCACUGCCCCAACGCAGAAAGAGAACCGUUUUCAGCCAGGCCCAGCUGGAUGCCCUAGAGCAGUUCUUCCAAAGCAACAUGUACCCAGACAUCCACCACCGGGACUAUCUGGCUAGACAGAUCCACUUACCUGAGUCAAGGAUACAGGUCUGGUUCCAGAACAGAAGGGCAAAGGCCCGACGUGAGAAACCUAAAUCAGGAAGGGUCCCUGCAUUUGGUGUGCAGUACCCCAACAGCUACAUGAACUCUGCACCACAACAUCAUAUCCCAAGGUCUAUGAUUCAGCAGCAACAAAUCCAGAUCCUUCAUCAACAGAUGCAGCAACAUCCCAAAAUACAACAGAACUCAGUCCAGCAGCCCACUGAAUCCAUUCCAUGGCCUGAAUCUUCCUGUGCGGUCUCUAGACAAAGGUUCCUCAGACAACAAGCAGUUUCCAGUCCCUACUGUCACAGUAUGUCAUACACAAGUCCAUUAGGAAAAGCACAAAAUGUAAACAAUGAUUUCAACCCUAUGAAGAGCUUUCAGGAAGAGGUGUUGGGCAUGAGCAGAAGACAGACCAUGAUGUCUAUAAACUUUUUCCCUGGUCUUAAAGUAGACUUUGACAACUGCCCACCAAACAGAACCAUCAGUCCAGAGAUGAACCAGAUCAUUCCACAAAUCCCAACUUCCACAGUUUCAAGCAGCAGUCAUAUUUCAACAAGUGAUGUCAGACCCCAAAGAAGACCAGUGCAGGGGAGUCCAAAUGGACAGAACUCCCCUAUCUCAGACCACAAAGUCAGUGACAACUCCACAAAAUCUGAGGAGGACUGGGAUGAGUUUUUAUUCUUGUCCUCUGCACUAUAA